AUGUCAACAAUUGGGAGCUUUGAAGGAUUCCAGCCCGUGUCUCUGAAGCAAGAGGAAGAGGACCAACCCUCAGAAAAUGACCACUUGUCUACAAAGGAGGGGAACUCGGGCAAGGAUCCAGGACCAAGGAAGAUUUCAAGACAGCAGAGUAUGACAAAAGCAACACUGUACCCCAAUCCUUAUCACCAGCCCUAUGUUUCACGGAAGUACUUUGUUACACGGCCAGGGGCCAUUGAGACUGCUGUGGAAGACUUGAAAGGCCACAUAGCACAGACUUCUGGAGAGACCGUUCAAGGCUUCUGGCUCCUGACAGAGAUUGAUCACUGGAACAACGAGAAGGAGAAGAUCCUGCUACUCACAGACAAGACCCUUUUGAUCUGUAAAUAUGACUUCAUCAUGCUCAGCUGUGUACAGAUGCAGCAGGUUCCCCUGAGUGCCAUCUGCCGCAUCUGCCUGGGCAAGUUUGUUUUCCCAGGCAUGUCUCUGGACAAGAGACCAGGAGAAGGCCUAAGGAUUUGCUGGGGGACCACUGAGGGGUGGUCACUGUUUUCUCGUUGGAACCCGUGGUCCACUGAGGUUCCCUAUGCCACCUUCACUGAACAUCCUAUGAAACACACCAGUGAGAAGUUCAUUGAGAUCUGCAAGUUGUCUGGGUUCACAGCUAAGCUUGUUCCAGCUAUUGAGAAUGCCCACAAGAAUUCUUCCAGAUCUGGAAAUGGAAAGGAACUGAUGGUGUUAACCCAACCCAUCCUGAUUGAGACCUACACAGGGCUCAUGUCAUUCAUUGGAAACCGCAACAAACUUGGCUAUUCCCUUGCUCGAGGGAGUAUUGGCUUUUAA